UGGUCUGAAACACAAAAGUUGUUUUCCUGUUCUUGGAGAUGUCUGUCUUUGAUGAUUCGUUCGUUAUACUCGGAGAUGAUGCAUCUGAGUCUGCUCCAGUCUCAGCCUACGACGGCUCCGUCCACGUAGAUGACUCCACCGAUGACGUUUUCGCGGCGCCGUCUUCUGACUACGGCAACGGAGACGGCGUCUUCGGAUCCAGCGGUGGUCACGACGGUCCCAUCUUGCAACCGCCUUCGGAGAUGGAGUCUGAUGAGGGAGCUGCCCUCAGAGAAUGGAGAAGACAGAAUGCAAUUCAACUUGAGGAGAAGGAGAAGAGAGAAAAGGAGUUGCGGAACCAAAUAAUUGAGGAAGCUAACCAGUUCAAAGAGGAGUUCCGUAAGAAGAGGGAGUUAGCUUGUGAAAACAACAAAGCAGCCAACAGGGAGAAAGAAAAGCUGUAUGUGGAGACCCAAGAGAAGUUGUACGCGGAAGCCAGCAAGAACUACUGGAAGGCAAUAGCGGAGCUAGUUCCUAAAGAGGUUCCAACUAUAGAGAAAAGAAGAGGGAAGAAGAAAGAGGACGAUCCCAAGAAGCCUACAAUCUCUGUGAUUCAAGGUCCUAAGCCUGGCAAGCCAACGGAUCUCUCGAGAAUGAGACAGAUAUUACUGAAGCUCAAACAGAACCCGCCUACUCACCUGAAACUCGCUCCUCAACCUUCAUCAGAGGCUGCUGCUCCUCCAAAGAAUGUUCCUGAAACCAAGCCCACCGAGCCUGUUGCUGCUGCUUGAUAAAACCCUCUUUCAUUUAUUGUGUGUUAUAUACAGCUGAGAGAUAUUGUAAGUGCACUUGUGUGUUAUUAUUAACAUAGUUAUGUUAUGUUGGAUGAUACUUGAUUACAUUCAUGUUUGAACUCAAAUCA